AUGAAACCGAAGGACCGUUCUUGUAAUUUACUCCUAAACAACUUGAUUGAUAAAAUAAGAAAAAAUAAAUUAAAAAGAAGUGAAACUCUAAGCCCUCUGUCGGCAAAAGAAAACCCUGCCGUUCUCGUCUAUUCUCCAGGGCCGACUUUUUUUCCCGCCGACUUACAGCCGCACCAUCAGUCCAUCACUCGUCUCCACACGUCGUCCUUUUCGGUGUCUUCUCCGUCGGUUCGUCAUCUCUCCUCGCUGCUUCAGGUCUCUCCGUUGUCUGUCUACUGCUACUCAGUGACAGCUGUCUCAACAAUGGCUACUUUGAUUUCUCAAAAUGCGGUUUCUAAAGACAGAGGUGAGAAGAUCAAAAGAAAGAAUCCUGAUCUUGAUGAGCCUUUAACAUUAGACGUGUUACAAGAAACAAAAAAUUCAGAAAACAUGACCACAGUGAAGCCUAAGAAGAAAAAGAAAGAACGAAAAGAGGACAAACAAGCUGAAACCGAGCAAGCAAUUGAGAUGAAGAAACUCGAAAACGUCUUGUUUGGGUCUUUGUAUCCAGUGGAAUUUGGGAAGAACAUUGAAGAAGAAGAAGAAGAAGAAGAAGGAGAAACUGCUUUGUUCUUCACUGAUCGCUCUGCCAACAGUGUGUUGUCUGUAUAUGAAGAGGAUGCAAAAACAGGAGAAAUAGAAAUUGUUGCAACAGAGGAUCACGCCCCACGAAAACCCGUUUGGGUAGACGAAGAGGAAGAAAAAACCAACAUAAACAUUUCAAAAGUCAACCGUUUAAGAAAGAUCCGGAAAGACGAAGACGAGAAACUAAUAUCGGGAUCCGAGUAUGUUUCAAGAUUGCGGGCCCACCACAUGAAGCUCAACCCGAGCACAGACUGGGCCCGGCCCGAUUCACGCGAACGGAUUUACAACUCCGAUGACAGCGAUCAAGAAAAUGGAGAUUUUGAUGGUAUCCUUCAAACCACUGAAGAUCUCGUUGUUUCGGGCAGCUCAAAGCUGCUGCCCGGGUUACUCGAGUAUUCAAGAUUAGUCGAUGCAAACGCACAGGACCCGUCCAGCGGUCCGAUUAAUUCGGUUCAGUUCCAUAGAAACGGUCAGUUACUUCUAACUGGUGGACUAGACAAAAAGCUGCGGUUUUUUCAGAUCGAUGGAAAACGAAACACGAAAAUUCAAUCCAUUUUUGUUGAUGAUUGUCCAAUCAGAAAGGCGGCUUUCACCCCAGAUGGCUCACAGGUUAUCCUUUCCGGAAGGCGAAAGUUUUUUUACAGCUUUGACUUGGUCAAAGCAACGAUGGAUAAAAUCGGUCCGUUAGUGGGGCGUGAGGAAAAAAGCUUAGAAACAUUUGAAAUCUCCCCGGAUUCGAAAACAAUCGCGUUUAUUGGUAACGAAGGGUAUAUUCUAUUGGUGUCAUCCAAAGCAAAAGAAUUAAUAGGAACUCUAAAAAUGAACGGAACUGCCCGGGCUUUAACUUUCGGGAAUCACGGGCAGGAGUUGGUAGCCACGGGCGGGGACGGGCAGAUCUACCAUUUUGAUAUGAGAAGCAUGAGUUGUUUCCAUAAAGGUGUUGAUGAAGGGUGCUUAACGGGUACAGCUCUUGGCAUGUCACCAAACGGGAACAUAUUUGCAGCGGGGUCCGAUAGUGGGAUUGUGAAUGUUUACAAUAAGGAGGAUUUUUUGGGGGGGAACAGAAAACCGAUGAAAAGGAUCGAGAAUCUGACAACAAAAGUUGAUUUUAUAAAGUUUAAUAGUGAUGCGCAGAUUUUGGCGAUUUGUUCGAGUAUGAAGAAGAACAGUAUGAAGUUGGUGCAUGUGCCUUCGUUUACUGUAUUUUCAAACUGGCCACCAGCAAAUAAGGCGUUGCAGUUUCCUCGGUGUUUGGAUUUUAGUCCGGGUGGAGGGAUGAUGGCUAUGGGGAAUGCUGCGGGUCAUGUGUUGCUUUACAAGUUAAAUCAUUAUCAACAUGCAUAAGCCAUAAAGCAAGCAAAACCCCAUCUGUCUGGUUUUUACCUUAUUGAAGCAUGUUUGUUUUUACUUGAUAGUAUUAAGUUACAGCGACAUCUAUCUGUUUGCAGAUAUUUUUGGCUAUAAACUGUUUUGGUUUCACUUUGUAUUUUUUAUUUUACUAUUAUUUACUUCUGUUUUUAG